GUUAUCAAAUCAUAAUUGUAUCAAAUGUAUCUAUAAAAUAGUAGAAAUAAAAUUUAGCUAUUUAUUAUUCAAAUUGAUCGUUUACUCUUUAUAUUACACAUAAAAAAGCUGAAAUUCAAUAAUAAUUUUGAUUACAUAAAAAGAUGUCUAAGCGCAACGCAGACGAUGAUAUAUCGACUAUAUGUGAACUACCACCGAAAAAAGUUCAAUUUGAGCCGCAUUUAAUUGGACCAAUAUCUUCUUUGGACGAACUAGAUAAUAAAGUCCUUAAAUUCCAAAAUAAAAAACUUGCAGAGCGCAUUGAACAGCGAAUUCGUUGUGAGGCUGAAUUGCGGCAACGUAUAGAACAAUUGGAAAAGCGACAAACUCAAGACGAUAUUGUUUUGAAUGUCGUCAACCGAUAUUGGAACCAGCUGAAUGAAGACUUUCGAAUUUUGCUACAACGUUUUGAUGCAGAAACAGCCGAUGAAGCUGAGAACAAAAAUGAAAAUGAGGUUACGACUUCUUUUUUAACACAGCUUUCAACAUGGGAUAAAGAAGAGUUGGACGAUAAAUUGGCAAAUCGCGUACAAGUAUCAAAGCGUGCUGUAGCCAAAGUCGUACAAGUCAUCGAUCGCUUAAUGCAGCGAAAUGAAAAAUUUACAAUGAUUUUAAAAGGUCAAUCGGAUGAUAAUAAUCUUUCUGUGCCCGAUAUUGAAGAAACAUUGAAAGGAACACAAAUAGAAAUUAUGGCCGAAAAUAGAAACUUGCAGAGUUUGAAUACAUCACUGCACGAAAAAUACCAUACGAUUUCGCUGAAAUUGAAAGAGCUUCAAGAUACAUUGACUGGCAGAGAAACAGAAGUGGCUGAGCUGCAAAAUAAAAAAGAAGAAUUACAAUAUGACUUGGAGAAAGUUGGACUUCGUAAUGACAAACUAGAAAAUCACUUAUCUGAAGCAAUCGAAAAAUUAAAGUCAUGUCAACCAAAUUCGUCACUGUACAAAUCAACAACGAAUGUUGCCACUCAGCAUCUAGAAGAUUUGCAAAAGGAAGUUGAGGAGUAUCGUGAAUUGGCCAAUAAUCGCUUACAAGAACUGGAAAAGCUACAUGAAACUCACCUUGAGGCAUUGAAGGAAGUUGAAAAACUGAAAUUGGAUAUUCGUCAACUGCCCGAAUCGAUAAUUGUUGAAACGACGGAAUAUAAAUGCUUACAGUCGCAAUUCUCUGUAUUGUAUAACGAAUCGAUGCAAAUAAAAACAAUGUUGGACGAGACACGUAAUCAACUACAAACGAGCAAAAAUCAACAUUUGCGCCAAAUUGAAACCAUGGAAAGUGAAGAGCUCAUUGCCCAAAUGAAAGUACGCAAUGAAAUUCUUCAUAUGGAAGACGUCUUAGCACAGUUUCGUAGUGAAUAUGAAAUAUUACAUAUCGAAUAUGAACAAAAUUUGGUUGCCAAUCAACAGACUGUACCAAUUAUUCGUGAAAUGCGUCACUUGAUCACAUCGCUUCAUAACCACAAUGGUCAACUUAAAGGUGAAGUAUUUCGAUACAAGCAUAAAUAUAAAGAUGCUGCAGCUGAAUUAAAGAAAAUUAGGAAGGAUUACGAUGAUUUGAUCGCUCAAGCACAAACUGAUAUUAAAUUCGAGAGAGAUGUAAUUAGUAUGGAAGAUAUUUCUUCUUCGACAACAAAUGGUAUAGUUUCUAUAAAAGUGGAGAAUGAUAUUGCAGUAAAAGCUGCAUUUGAACAAGAUGGAAACCAAUUAGAAGAAAUUUAUGGAAAAAUGGAAAAGGAUGCAUGUGCUAAACAAGGCAAUUAUGAUACAACGCCAAAUGCUUAUUUGAACAGUUCUAAAAGUGCUCAAAAAGAAAAAAUGCCGAAAGAAUCCGAAAUGAUUAGCAAUAUGAAAAUACAGAAGGCACUGAGCGACCAAAAGGAAGUGAAGCUACUACUAGAGAUGUCCAAAGAUAUUCCAAAAUAUCAGCGAGACAAGGUUCAGUUGAUGACCAGUGAAAAAUCGUUAUGCUCUGAGACUGACGUGCUCGUACAUCGAAAGAAAAAAAUACAAAGUUUCAAGCAUGAAGGGCGCAAAAAAUUAGCAGAUGAGGACGCAUUGCAGAAAAUAAAGCAAUUAGAGCAAAAAAAUUAUGAACUUCAGAAACAAGUGGUCAAUUCAAGAAACAAUGGAACCCAUACAUUUGUUGGUUCACCAGAAGAAGAAGCUCUUUUGCGUGAAAUAGAAGUGACGGGACGUGCACUGGAAGAAAUACAAGAAAAGAAUUCACAUUGGAUUCAACAAAUGAGCGAAAAAGAUGAUGCAAACUUUAAGCUAAUAACGGAGCGCAUAAGAUAUAAUAAAAUGCAUAAAUUACUGCUUGAGGAGAGACAAAUAUUCGAAGAUCAAGUUCAAACGCGUGACGCCCAAAUCGAAGCAUUACGGGUUGUGUUACGCAAAUUGGAGGAAAAAGAAUGCAUUCUUCAAAAUAAUGUAACAGCCAUGAGUAAUGAACUGAUGUUGAGACAACAAGCGAUGGAAAUUCAUAAGCGAAAAGCAAUUGAAGCAACGCAAUCGGCAGCCGAUUUGAAAUUACACCUGGAGAAGUAUCACUUCCAAAUGAAAGAAGCACAACAUAUUGUGACUGAAAAGACAAGUUCGCUUGAAGCCGAAGCAUAUAAAACGAAGCGUUUGAAGGAAGAAGUGGCUCAAGUCAGACGAAAAAUGGAACGCAUGAAAAAAGUAGAAAUAACAGGAACUACCAUUGAUGAAGUGAUGAUAGAAGAAAUUCGCGAAUACAAAGAAAUUCUCACUUGUACAUCUUGUAAAACAAAACGUAAGGAUGCAGUUCUUUCAAAAUGCUUCCAUGUAUUUUGCUAUGAUUGUCUUCGCACACGUUAUGAAACUAGACAACGCAAAUGUCCAAAGUGUAAUUGUGCUUUCGGUGCCAAUGGUUAUCAUCGCCUGUACUUAUCUUCAUAACUUUCAUUUUGUAUGAAUACGUAUAUAGAAUAAGAAUAAACUUUGACAAAAUAUUUCAAAAAUAUAUGAAAAAAACCAUCUCUCCAGUAAACAAUUUUUCUCGAUAAAAAUAAAAAUACUCGAU